GGGGACCUGGGAUUUACCGGAUACCUUCCAGUUGAGCAGGAGUCCUGCCAAGUAAAGGGCCAACCUCCUCCUCCUCUCCUCCUCGUCCUCCAGCGGCGAUAAGUGCAGAGAAUCGACGGAGGAGAAUUGAGCAAAUUAUCUACUUUUCCGCUCUUGUUCCUGGACGGUAACGAUCGGCGAGGUCUCGCUGUUAUCGAGCGAGCCGCGGCCGCCCUGAUUGUCGUCAAUAAACUGGGGAACGGGGCCGGUGAUUUUGAGGGGGGGGUUCCCCGGCAAAUGAUGCCCUUUCCUGCGGGCCGGUGAGGAGCAGCACCGACCCCCGGCUUCUUGUUGUUGUUGUCGCGGCGCGGUUGAUGCGGAGGUGAUGGACGGUCCUCUCCGCCGCCCAGCGGGGAUCCUCGGCUCCCCCCCGGCUUCAGGGAGCCAGCCCGCGGGCUCCGACAUGCUCACCUCCGGCGGUAGCAGCAGCAAGCCUCUCGCUUUCUCCAUCGACCGGAUUAUGGCCAGGACGCCCGAGCCCAAGUCGAUAUCGCUCCCCAGCUGGUUCCAGUCCGCCCCCGUGGGGAAACCCGACGCCUGUCCGUCCUCGCUGCAUUGUAUGAUCCCGCUGGUGCCGCUCGGGUACGAACCGGGCCACCGGCUCAACAUCACCGGGCUGGAUCCGGGCCACUUUGACGCGUCUUCUCUCGCCGCUCCCGCAGACUUUUUGGGUUUUGGGUUGAACUACAAGAACCAGCAGGAGGACUCCGCUGUGAGCCAAACCGCCGGCCAGUACAAACUCUUCAGACCCCGGGUGGUAAACCAGUCCUCCUUCCCCACCAUGGGCACCGUGUGCUACCUGAACUGCAGCGGGGAAAGCGGUGCGUGUCCCCCGCCGGCCGGCCUGGUCAACCUGCACCCGAUGGCCUCGUACCUGCUCACCGCCCGGCACAAAGCCUUCAUGGCGGAGAAAAGCAAGCCGGGCCUGCAGCAGGCCGGGGAGCGGUACCCGGUGUCCAGCGUGCAGGCCUUCAAGGAGCUGUCUCAGAGCCAGAUCCAGCACUACAUGAAGGAGCGGGACCAGAUCCUCACCGACAAGAUCUUCAAGGGCUCCGCGACGGCGGCCCGGCUGAACGGCUCCUGCCCCGGCAGCAAGCCCAAAGUUUUCACCUGCGAGGUCUGCGGCAAGGUGUUUAACGCGCACUACAACCUGACGCGCCACAUGCCCGUGCACACCGGCGCGCGGCCGUUCGUGUGCAAAGUGUGCGGGAAAGGGUUCCGCCAGGCGAGCACGCUGUGCCGGCACAAAAUCAUCCACACUCAGGAAAAACCGCACAAGUGCAACCAGUGCGGGAAAGCCUUCAACCGCAGCUCCACCCUCAACACGCACACGCGCAUCCACGCGGGAUACAAACCGUUCGUGUGCGAGUUUUGCGGGAAAGGAUUUCAUCAGAAAGGAAACUACAAGAACCACAAGCUGACGCACAGCGGGGAGAAGCAGUUCAAGUGUUCGAUCUGCAGCAAGGCGUUCCACCAGGUGUACAACCUCACUUUCCACAUGCACACGCACAACGACAAGAAGCCCUUCACCUGCCCCACCUGCGGCAAGGGCUUCUGCAGGAACUUUGAUCUGAAGAAACACAUCAGGAAGCUGCACGACAUGGUCAGCCCGCAGUCGCCCCCGCAGGCCUAAACGAUGACUCUGUUCCCUUCAUCCCAACACACCAAAAAAAUACAUCAGGUCCCCUGUGACCCCCCCCAUCAGGCCCGAAAAGAAUAUGCCAGAUUUACUGAGCCCUGUAGGAUUUCUUUUUUUAUAAAUUAGAAACUUGUGCCCCCGUAUUAACAAUUUGUGUGAUUUGUUCCCCCAGAUUAGUAACUUGGAACCUCCAAUGACAUAAUUAGUUUCUUUAAAUCAAUAAUUGGUGCCCAAAAAUCACUAAAUCCUGCUCUCAGAUGACAUCAUUUGAAAUUCUCCAAAACCUUGAUGCUGAGAUUUUAAAGCUCAUUCUAGUUUGUUUUUUUUAGAUAAAAUAUCUUUAAUUUUGAAUGAAAGAAUUGACAAAAUCAAAGCAUCAGAAGCCGAGAUAUCCUAGUCCCUAGUAUGUUUGAGUGCCAAAAACACUGGAUCCUACAUUUCCCAUAAUGCAACUGGAUUGUGUCUUUUGAUCAGCCCCUCCCUGCCUGGUAAACACCCACUUCUUUCACACUCCACAUGUCCAGUUUGUAACGCAGGCUUUCUGUUAUAAACUUGUGGUCUCCAAGCCCAAGCUGAGAUAACCCUGAUGACAUCACUAUGACAUCAACAGGGUUGUUUUCUCAGAUUUGACAGAACUACUCCUCACAGAAGACGGAGUCAGUGAAGACACUUUACAACUGUUUUCAUGGGCUGAGGAGGACUAACCGUGACUAAGAAACUGAUUUUCAUGUCUAGAAUUGGUGAAGUGUCCCUUUAAAUUAUAACCAGCAGGGUUUCUUUGAUUGACACAGAUGAUAACCAAUUGUGUCAUUUAGGGGCUGUCCUUUCUGAAAUGGAUAAUGACCCCUAUACAAUGUGCAACUUUGGCCCAUCCCAGUCAUCAAUCCAAUAAGACCAAAGACCUCAGUAUUCAUGGCUCUGCUUAAAAAGACACAUUUUUAUAUUAAACCUGUGAAAUCCAACAGUAUUUUGUCACAUUAAUGAAUUUCGAUCCCUGUUUGGGGUCAGUUAAGCUCAAGUAAAAUAUUUUUGAUGAGGUUA